AUAAAGACACAAUGUAAAGCAAAAAGCAAAAAUGCUAAUACUAAUAAUAUUCGAGCAAUUUUCGGAUUCACCAUCUACUGUAUUCGAGCAAAUUUCGGAGCCCUAAGAUGCUACUGGCCGUCGUGAUCGCCAACUUCGAGGGCAGCAUCCUAGUCGAACGUUUCAAUGGAGUUCCAGCUGAGGAACGGCUUCAUUGGCGAUCUUUUUUAGUUAAACUGGGAUCGGAAAAUCUCAAAGGAGUAAAAAAUGAAGAGCUUCUUGUUGCUUGCCACAAAUCAGUUUAUAUUGUUUACACAGUUCUCGGAGACGUCAGCAUUUAUCUUGUUGGAAAAGAUGAGUAUGAUGAACUUGCCUUGGCGGAAGCAAUUUUUGUUAUAACCACGGCUGUGAAAGAUGUAUGCGGGAAACCACCAACUGAGCGCCUUUUUCUGGAUAAGUAUGGGAAGAUUUGCUUGUGUCUGGAUGAAAUUGUUUGGACGGGUUUGCUUGAGAAUACAGACAAAGAGAGAAUCAAAAGACUCGUAAGGGUGAAACCUCCGACUGACUUCUGAACCGGAAGCUUGUCAACAUAUCAGAUCUACGAAGACAGGAGUCAGCAAUGCUCAAAUAGCAUUUUGAUUCUAGCAGUUGGUGGCCGUUUGUUGUUAGGGGUGGGGGUGGAUUGGGAAAUGGAGUAGCAUUGUAAACCUCCAUGAAUCUCUCUAUAUUCCUGUACUGUUUGUACCUGUAGAAUUGAAUUGCCUUUUUUUAUGUUUUGCCUGGCUAUGCAAUGACUGUAAAAUCUUUUUGGAGGAUUCUUUUUUUCUUUCUUUUUUUUUCUGUUACGAUGUGCUGAAUUUGAUUGGUCACUGAUGGCAUGUCAAUGAAAAAAAUUCUCUUGCAAAAUCCAAUCAUAUUUAUGGGAUUUUCCAGAAUUCCAACCU